ACGGUCCAAUCAUCCUCACCGCUCGUGCUAACGAAACAGAAAAUUGUCUACCAUAAGUCCAAGUUACUAGACCAAAACACGGAUAACUAACAGUCUUUGUGGAAGCCUCGCGAGCGGACAGGAUUCACCUACCAGACAGGAGCUCCCCUAUUAAUGAUAUUUCCCCAUCUGCACCUUUCUGCAUUGCUGCCUUGAUUUGUUUGCGAAACCAAGGAAGCAAGCCUCGUGAGGGAGUGUAGAGACACUGAAAAUGUGCAGCCUAGAGAAGAGAGGAAAGGUGUAUAUCUUGACCUUCGUGGGUGACGGCGAGCACAGGUUUAAUCCCACAACAUUCGAUGCCAUCUCUGACGCCCUCAAACAGGUGGAACAAUCGCCAGACGCAGCAGCCCUGGUAACCACCAACGCAGGCAAUUGCUUUUCCAACGGCCUCGACCUGGGAUGGAUCGCCGAGAGCCCCCACGACCGCUUUGACAUAGCAAUACAGAAAUUAGAGGAUAUGUUCGCAGCCUUCAUGAGGCUCAGCAUCCCCACCGUGGCAGCCAUCUGCGGGGACGCGGUGGCGAGCGCCUUCAUGUUGGCUCUGGCCCACGAUUACCGCUUCAUGGCGCAGGGGUGCUCCGAGCUCUACCUGUGCGAGCUCGAUCUUGGCUUGCACAUCCCCGAGAGUAUGCUGACGUUGGUUCGGAGCAAGCUGCAGCCCGCAGCCCUGCGCGAUGUGGUGCUGGGCGCCAGCAAGCUGAACGCGCAGGUGGGCUUGGAGAGAGGGAUUUUGGACGGCGUUUUCGAGGACUCGGAGCGGACUUUGGAGGCGGCGAUUAAGGAAGCGGAGAAACUGGCGGCCAGGGGAUGGAAGAGGGAGAUCUACCGUGGCUUCAGGUUGGCUACAUUUCCUGGGGUUGUGGAGGCGCUGGAUACUCAUGUUCCCUAUCGCAUACCUGCUUCUUUCAAGCUCUGAUGCCCAUUUUAGUUAACCCAGAUUUCUAUUUUAGGAAUCUUUCCCUUUGCGAUGGAUUGGUUACAGUAAACUUUUUGCGAAAGAAAAUGUCAGACUUGGAAAGAACACUUUUGGUAAAGUUAUUUGUGAUUUGAUGCCUAGUAUUAAGAUAUUUUAAUUAGUUGAGAGUUUGACAUAACUAGCUUGUACGGAAGUGAGAAUGUAAUGUUUCAUAAGCAUUUAAAUAAUAUAUUGUAGAAUAUUUAAAUAAGUAUC